GGCCGCCGGCAAGGACUACAGCCCCCAGCAUGCCUCACGGCCGACCCAGCCCCGCCCGGCCGCGCGUGCGCGAAGGGGCCGCCGAGGGCUGACGGGUGCGAGGCGAGGAGCCGCUAGCUUGACCCGGGAUUGGCGCUGAGGUGGCACGCGGGGCAGGGCAGAUGUUUCUGAAUCAAAUGAAGCUCGAGGAGCCUUCCAGCUCUAAGAUAGCAGGAUAGUGAACUUCUAAGUCCGGAGCUGCAGAAGACUUGCCCUGCCUCCCAGCACAAUGUCAGGUGGAAGCAGAGAAUGGACUUGGAAAUGGGGAAGCCACACACCUGCCAACGGCCCCUUCUCAGCCCUGACUCCAAGCAUAUGGCCCCAGGAGAUCCUGGCCAAGCACAUGCAGAAGGAAGAGUCAGCAGAACAACCAGAGUUCUACUAUGAUGAGUUCGGUUUCCGUGUGGACAAGGAAGCAGAAGUUGCCGAGCCUGGCUCGCAUCUGCUGGUGAGCACUCCUUUGACAGAGGACCCUCCGCAGAGGCUGCGGUGGCAGGCCCACCUGGAGUUCACCCACAACCACGACGUGGGGGAUCUCACCUGGGACAAGAUUGCAGUUUCCCUGCCCCGCUCUGAGAAGCUCCGCUCUCUUGUGUUGGCUGGCAUCCCACAUGGCAUGAGGCCACAGUUGUGGAUGCGGCUCUCUGGGGCCCUGCAGAAGAAGAGGAACGCCGAGCUGUCCUACCGUGAGAUGGUGAAGAACAGCUCCAACGACGAGACCAUUGCUGCCAAACAGAUUGAGAAGGACCUGUUACGCACCAUGCCCAGCAAUGCCUGCUUUGCCAACGUGACCAGCAUCGGGGUGCCCCGCCUGCGCAGGGUCCUCCGAGCACUGGCCUGGCUCUACCCAGAGAUCGGCUACUGCCAGGGCAUGGGCAUGGUGGCUGCCUGCCUUCUACUAUUCCUGGAGGAGGAGGACGCCUUCUGGAUGAUGUGUGCCAUCAUCGAGGACCUGCUCCCUGCCUCCUACUUCAGCACUACCCUGCUGGGUGUCCAGACUGACCAGCGGGUCCUGCGCCACCUCAUUGUCCAAUACCUGCCUCGCUUGGACAAGCUGCUUCAGGAGCAUGACAUAGAGCUGUCCCUGAUCACACUGCACUGGUUCCUCACGGCCUUCGCCAGCGUGGUGCACAUCAAGCUGCUGCUGCGCAUCUGGGACUUGUUCUUCUACGAGGGCUCCCUGGUGCUGUUCCAGGUCACCCUGGGCAUGCUGUGCCUCAAGGAGGAAGAGCUGAUCCAGUCAGAGAACUCGGCCUCUAUCUUCAACACGCUGUCAGAUAUCCCAUCGCAGAUUGAGGAUGUGGAGCUGCUGCUGGGGGCAGCCAUGCGGCUAGCUAGCUCCCUCACUGAUGUGGCUGUAGAGACCCAGCGCCGCAAACACCUGGCCUACCUCCUUGCAGACCAGGGCCAGCUCCUGGGGACUAGCACCACUACCAGCCUCUCUCAGGUUGUUCGCCGCAGGGCCCAGCGGAGGAAGUCCACCAUCGCCACCCUGCUCUUUGGGGAAGAUGACCUGGAAGCACUUAAGGCCAAGAACAUCAAGCAGACAGAACUGGUGGCGGACCUCCGGGAAGCCAUCCUUCGCGUGGCACGCCACUUCCAGUGCACAGACCCCAAAAACUGCAGUGUGGAGCUGACCCCGGACUACAGCAUGGAGAGCCACCAGCGGGACCAUGAGAACUACGUGGCGUGUUCACGCAGCCACCGGCGUCGGGCCAAGGCUCUGCUGGACUUUGAGCGUCACGACGAUGACGAGCUAGGCUUCCGCAAGAACGACAUCAUCACGAUCAUUUCUCAGAAGGAUGAGCACUGCUGGGUGGGAGAGCUGAACGGCCUGCGAGGCUGGUUUCCAGCCAAGUUCGUGGAAGUCCUGGACGAACGCAGCAAGGAGUACUCCAUCGCAGGGGAUGACUCAGUGACAGAGAGUGUCACAGACCUCGUGCGAGGGACACUUUGCCCAGCCCUCAAGGCCCUGUUUGAACAUGGACUGAAGAAGCCAUCCCUGCUUGGAGGUGCCUGUCACCCCUGGCUGUUUAUUGAGGAGGCAGCGGGCCGGGAGGUAGAGAGAGACUUCGACUCAGUGUAUUCCCGCCUGGUGCUCUGUAAGACAUACAGGUUGGAUGAAGACGGCAAAGUCUUAACCCCAGAGGAGCUGCUGUACCGGGCUGUGCAGUCUGUGAACGUGACCCACGACGCGGCACAUGCACAAAUGGAUGUCAAGCUACGCUCACUGAUAUGCGUGGGGCUCAAUGAGCAGGUGCUGCACCUGUGGCUGGAGGUACUCUGUUCUAGCCUGCCGACCGUGGAGAAGUGGUAUCAGCCUUGGUCUUUCCUGCGCAGCCCUGGCUGGGUCCAGAUCAAGUGUGAGCUCCGUGUCCUCUGCUGCUUUGCCUUCAGCCUCUCCCAGGACUGGGAGCUCCCUGUGAAAAGAGAGGAGGAAAAGCAACCCCUGAAGGAGGGCGUCCAGGACAUGCUGGUGAAGCACCACCUGUUCAGCUGGGACAUAGAUGGGUGACGCUCUUCUUCCAGCCGCUGUCACACCCCAGCCACCCCUCAACCCACUAGCUACCAAAGAGGCUGGGACUGGGUCUGAGGUGGCCCAGGCCCACCCCAAGCUGCAGGGUCCAGAAAAGAUGUUCUAGGACCCUGUGAUCAGGAAAUGAGGAUCUUCCACCUCUGGCUUCUCAGAGCAUUGCUGGUGGCAAGAACAGAAGCUGGGUGCCCAGCUCAGCCUCUCCUCCCAAAUGCCUGGAAGGUGGAGGGUUGGGGCUGUGCCUCCCCAGGGUCCCUAGGAAAGUCCCAGGCCCCAACUCUAGUUUGUAUCAACCAAAAACCUUUUGAGGAGAAGAGAGCUGCGUCUGUCUGACUUUGCUCAGGAAGAAGGAGAGAGGUGGUGGCUAAUGGCAGAUAAGGCUCCUUGUCCUCUUUGGUUUGUAAAUAAACCAUCUUUGAGAAAGUUCGUCCUGUCGUCUAUCCAGUCAGGGCCACAGGAAUCCCCAAGGUUCUGCCCUUCUGGAAUAGUCCACAGCAGGUACAGCCUGGCUACUUCUUCCUGCCCACGAGGCAGCUUGUGCUGAAUGCUUUCCCCAAGUCAGCCUGAGGAGGAGGGGGCAUUAGGGUCACUCCCCAUCCCCCCAAAAGGCUGGGACAGAUUAGGCCCAGGACCCUGCUGCCCCCUC